UGCGUAUGAACAAUGAGAGAGAGAUGGUUAUAUAUGAUGAGCGAAAGGGCCUUAUACACAAUCCAAAAGGUAAUUUCAAAAAGUGACAUUUCAACUGACGCAUGCGAUUCGUCAACCGCUUUUUAUCCAUACAGAUACAUCUCAACCAAUUCGAUGUAUACUUGAAACUAUUUUGUAUGGAAUUCUUGGUGUGUUCCAUGGGCAAAAUAACAAUCCAUCACACAUAAAACUAUAUAGAUUCUUUCCACAUUUACGAUUGAAAAUCGUAACGGGAUCGGUAGUGAUAAACAUCUAGUGUUUCUUUUUCAUUGUUCUUUGUAUUUUCUUCACUUGCCACUGCAUUUCGAUCAUAAAUAUUCGAUAUCGUGCUAAAACCAUUCGCUAAACACAAUGGCAAAUAAAUUCAAUGUUCUGUAAUAUUGUUUUUUUUCUCUCCUCUGUUACCGUGUUGAUAAUUUAGCAAAAAAUAGAAAGAAAACUUGUUGAAAAUUUGUGUGAAUGAAAUUUCGACUGUUUUUGCCAUAGACAAUGAAUGAAUGAAUGAAUGUCAAAGUGAUUUUUAUUGGUGCUUUGAAACUGAAAUAAAAUACCAUGCAAAACUAAGUGCAAGAAAAAUCAAUGAUAAUUGAAACUUCGAGUGGCGCAAUGCACAUAAAAAAGAAAGCACCACCACUGAAGGUAUAGAACGAAUAACAAAAAGAACAGAAAAUACACUCGAAACGUUGCUCUUUGAAGUUGGAGUACAUUCAAUCGGAGUGUAUUCCGUAUUUUUCAAGCCAGUGUACAGUUCGUUCGUACGCUAAGUCCUGUGUUUGCAUUUGUAAAUUUUCGGUUGGCAAAAUUGGCACUGGGUUUGAUUAUAGAGCUUAUGACACUUUUUUUUGCUGUUCAUUGAAAAAGUUUGCUACGCUUACAAGGAUACAGUGUGUGUGUUUAUCAUCUACGUUCCAGACUUUUGGCUACUUUAAAACGAUCAAAGUUUUAUUUGAUAUGCAUUUUAAAGUUUUGUGUUGACGUUGAAAAAUACCGAGUAAUAUUUCGAUAUGAAAACAAAGUUGAUUUCGAUGCAAUGGCGCGGCUGUGCCUCAGUUGAUCCCCGAUUUUCGGCGGCAAUGCUGCCAUGGACUAUUGCUGAUAUUUACAGUCGUGAACAGUUUACAAAUCUAUCGAUCGGCAUAGAAAAUGGUGUUCUUGAGACGUACAAUGAGGAUUUUGAGCUUCAGUUCACGCAUCAACUCAAAUAUAUUGUGGGCAUUUGCAAAAUAGCUACGGCUCAAAAUGCGGUGAACUGCAAAAGUAAACUCACGGAAUUUAUAACAUUCCCAAAUCGACGGCCCCAAUCCACCAUAAUCGACGAAGUGAACGCCAAGGCUGGCGUUCAUGGUAUCGUCUACUUAUUGAAGAAUCCCCGAGAUCCAUUGCUGCAUGUAUUUUUAUUCGAGAGUCCACAUUUGGAGCAGAUCAAUAGUCUGAUGCACUUGAUGCGAGACUCUCCACAACCAUUAGGCGGAUCAGUUGGUUCGAUUCCAUCAACAUUUAUUGGACGCACAUCGGCGAGCAGUGGUGAUUUGCAAACACUUCAAAAAGCAUUGAAUGCAUCGCACGGCGUACACUCGACACCAGCAUCGAAUUUAAAAUUUUCCGAAUCGGUUCGUAAUGCACAGCAUGAUGGCAGCCCAUCAAUAGUAUCGACACGGAAGAUGCACAUAUCUCGCAGUUAUUCGCACGAUUUAAAGAGUCACGUAGAUAGCAACAGUAAUUUAAGCAUUAGCAAAAGUGGUCAUUCAUCAGCCAGCAGUAGUACGGUCAAUUUAACCAUGCCAGACAUUUCGCCGAGCAACUCACAAUUCUUUGAGGUGAUGUACGUGGGUAAAAUUAAGGUGUCCCACAAACGUGUACCAUUCUCAUUUAUCGACGAUGCACUUCCAAAAUUCAAGGCAUACGAUACACAACGCAUUCGGCUAUUGCAACCACAAUUUCCAGAACAACAUCAACAGCAGAACUCAGAAGCCGACCAGCAUACUUUAGAAGUUCCACAGACAUAUGGACGCCGCGGUAGUAAUGGUAGUAUUUCUGGAUUGUCCCCACGGGGAAGCAUGAGCCAAUUGGCACCGCACGAAGAAACACACGAGGAACACGAGGAAAAUGAUCAAGAUGAUGAUGAAACCGCCUCCAAAGGAUCAAACGAGUCAAAAGAAUCGAAGGAAUCAAAAAAGUCGUACAAUGAACGAGUUCUGAACACAAACUACGAGAAUGACAAAGACAAUCCAAGUCAACCGACAAAGUGUCAAAUGCUACGACGCAAAAGUUUGGCACCAGCUCUUCACAGCACACUUAUCGACGGAACAAAUGCAACCUCAACUAGCGCUAGACAAAGCGAAACUGAAAAUGAUAGCAUCAAAAAUAGUAAUGAUUAUAUUGAUGAAGUUCAAGGCGAUAUGACGCCAAAACGUCGAGAUCGUUCUGCAUCGAUUGGAUCGAUUCCACAAAUCGAUCAGAAUCGCACCAUGGUUCUGUUGGUUGGAAAAGAAGACAUCCGUUUGAUCAGUCCCGAUCGCAAGCAGGUGCUGUUGUACAAAGAUAUGAAAGACGUGGCAAGCAUUUCUCAGGGUCAUAAAAACUCCGAUCAUUUCGGUAUCAUUAUUCGCGAUUCACGAAACGAUGCCACUGCAAAUGGGGGCCAUGGCUACAUUGGAUAUGUGUUCAAGGUUCAAUCGGAUUCGGUGGCCGAUGAUAUUAUCACAGCAAUUCAACAGUCGUUCAUUUCACAUUCGGAAAGCAAGAAAAUUCGUAAUAAAAACCAAGUCUUUUCUUGUGAACACUGUCCAAUGUUGUGGUACCACAAACUAUGCACCGAUGUCGAAGGAUUGAAUGACAAAAAGGCACAAACAUUGAUUUUCCGUCGCAUCGAACAAUUACCCGAAGAUGAACAGGAUACAAUCUUUGCUAAAUAUUAUGGUGCCGAAGAGAUUGCCGACCAUUCGUUGGCUGAACAAAACCAAUUUUUGAUGAUGCUCUUGCGCGCUCACAGCGAAUCACGUCAACAGCGGCAUGUUCAUGACACAGCCGAAAAUCGAACGGAGUUUUUGAAUCAAUACUUGGGCGGCAGCACUAUAUUUAUGAAAGCGAAGCGAUCAUUGACCAGCUCUUUUGAUCAUUUGCUGAAACGAAAAAACAGCAAAGACGAAGUGGCGCUGGCUCAAAAGGAGAACAAAACAAAGGAAGUAAAAGUGUCAUCAAACAGUAGUGAACAUAGUUUCAAAAAGAGCGAUGAAGAAACUGACGGUCCAACCACAUCUCGGCCAAGAACUGGAUCGAUGGAUUUGUCGGCUGCAUCAAAGCCUCUAAAAGAGGAACCAAAAUCACCAAUGAUGGAUAUAUUUAUGAAAGUGGGCAAUAGUCCGAAGGAAUCGAGCAAAACGGGUUCAUGGCGUCACGAGAUGCUACAGCGAGUCGUGACACCAUCAAAGAAUGGAAAUGAAGCAGAUAAACUGAUGUCGCCGCUUCGAAUGCGAAAUCGGCAACUGGUUAAUAUGAAAAAGCGUACCAAAGACGACUAUCGCGAAUUAUGGAAAACUGCAAUUCGUCAGACGAUUCUCUUGAUUCGCAUGGAAAAAGAGAAUGAACGAAAUCAAGCACGCAAAGAUGAGCACGAACGAAAGAAGAUUAAGUUGGAUUACGAUGAGAUUAUGCCAUCUGAAAAGGAGGCCGUUCAUCGUUGGGAUGUAUUCAUCGGCAAAGAGGUGAAUGCAGCCGGCGUUGUCGCGCAUAAAUGUGACCCAAAAGUGAUAUUGCAAGCAAUUAAAGCGGGAGUACCUCGCACAAUCCGCGGCGAUGUGUGGAAAUACUUGGCCGAACAAUUUGUAUUGACAACAGCACCGGUCGAUGUUAAGAAAUUCCCCAAUUACAACACACCCUAUAGUGUCUUGUUGAAAAGCCUAACGGAACAUCAACACGCGAUCUUCAUUGAUUUGGGCCGAACGUUCCCUAACCAUCAGUACUACAAAGAUUCGCUUGGUGUGGGUCAACUAUCACUUUUCAACGUUCUCAAAGCAUACUCAAUUCUAGAUCCAGAACUUGGAUACUGUCAAGGCUUGGGUUUUAUUUGCGGCAUUCUACUUUUGCAUUGUGAAGAGGAAGAGGCAUUCAAUUUACUGAAACACUUGAUGUUCCGUCGCCAGAUGCGAGCCAAUUACUUGCCCGAUAUGAAACAAUUCCAAUUGCAAUUGUAUCAAUUGUCGCGUUUGAUCCGAGAUCGACUACCGGAAUUGUACAAAUGGCUGGAUGAAAAUGAAGUGUCACCAACGUUGUAUGCAGCUCCAUGGAUCUUGACCGUGUUCAGUUCGCAGUUCGCGUUGGGUUUUGUGACGCGCAUUUUCG